CGUCAAAUGUCAAAUUUGAGAAUAGAUUUAAGGUUAUGUCAAUUCUAUUUUGGUGCAAAUUUAAACUAUUUUUGAAAUUAUGCAGAUAAAAAGGUAGCACUAGGGAUAAAAAUGUCGCAGAUUAUGCUUAUCAUUGCCACGGCACAUAUAGUUUAUUGUCCUUUUACCAAAGUAGAAGAAAGUUUCAACUUGCAGGCCAUUCAUGACAUUUUGUAUCAUAGAUUCAACCUCUCCCAGUAUGAUCAUCUUGAAUUUCCUGGCGUUGUCCCUCGUACCUUUAUUGGACCCCUAUUUAUUGCAUUUCUUGCAUCACCCAUUGUAGCUGCUUUAGAAAUAUUGAAUGUGAACAAAUUCUGGGCACAAUAUCUUGUGAGGACCAUUAUUGCUACAUGUAUAGUUAGUAGCUUCAACAUUUUGAGUAAAACAUUAGAGAAGCAGUUUGGAUCAAGAUGGUUACAAUGGUUCAUAGCUAUAACUGUGACACAGAGUCAUUUCAUGUACUACCUGAGUCGUCCAUUGCCAAAUAUUUUUGCAUUACCAUUAGUACUGUUAGCACUCAAUGGUUGGAUCAAGAACAACAAUAUCACUUUUGUACUGUUUUCUGCAGCAGCUAUUAUUAUUUUUCGAGCAGAGUUGGCUUUAUUUUUAGGAAUACUAUUGCUUUAUGAUCUCUACUACAAGAGGAUAUCAAUAAAACGGCUAUUGCAGAUUGCUAUACCUGGUGGAAUAGGAUUCCUUAUGCUGUCAGUAGUGAUUGAUUCAAUUUUUUGGACCAGACCAUUAUGGCCAGAAGGGGAAGUACUGUGGUAUAAUACCAUUAUGAAUAAGAGUUCAAAUUGGGGAACUUCACCUUUUCUAUGGUAUUUCUACUCUGCUAUUCCCAGAGGCAUGGCAGCCUCAGUAUUUCUAGUUCCAAUUGGAUUCUUUCUUGAUGAAAGAGUAAGAAAAUUAGUCAUACCAGCUUUACUUUUUGUCUUUUUGUAUUCCUUUUUACCACACAAAGAACUGAGGUUCAUCAUAUAUGUCUAUCCUUUUCUGAAUGCUGCUGCUGCAACUGCAUGUCAUAAAAUCUGGGAGAAUCGCAACAAAACACCCUUCUACCAUUUAAUGUCUCUGGGUGUAGCAGGACAUCUCACUGUUAACAUAGUCUUCACCCUCUUCUUGCUGAGCAUAUCAGGUACCAAUUACCCUGGUGGAACUGCCAUUUCUCAUCUGCACAGGCUUGCCAGGGACGAAACUCACGUCAGGGUGCACAUAGCGAAUUUAGCUGCUCAAACAGGAGUCUCCAGGUUCACACAGAUCAACACCAAUUGGACGUAUAGCAAAACAGAAAACCUAAUGCCAGGCGCUUAUGAGCUAUAUGGGUUCACUCACCUCAUUGCAGAAUCUAAAAGCAAAUUUUCAAACAGUCUGAAGCCGUAUUCUGCUACACAUGAUGUAAUAGACACCAUAGAGGCCUUCCACCAAAUAUCAUUCAACUAUCUCACCAUUCCGCCUGUGAAAAUUAAAACCAAACCUGUGUUGUUCAUUUUGAAGAGGCGCAAAAACUAUAAAGAUGUGCUUAAAAUUGAGGAAAGCAUAGAGGAAGUACAGGAGUACAUAGUAAGUCAUGGAAAUAUUGAGGGAAAUAUUGAAGAGAAUUUGAAUGAAACGCCUGAGAUUGAAGACAUUGUCUCUAGCAAAAUUAUUGAAGGUGAAGUACUUCCAUCUGGAGAAGCUAAUACAAAUAUUGAAGACUUGAAAGAACUUGAGGAUAACCUACUAUUUCCUGAAGAUAUGCCAAACACAGAUAUCACUGAUGCUGAGAUUGAAGAACAAUCAACACCAAUUAUUGUAGUAGAAGGAAAUCUCCCAAGAAUUGAAGAAACCAUCAAAACUUAUUCAAAAAUAUCAGAAGAAAGUGUUCCCAGCACAGAGACAGUAGAUAUUUUCAAUGAAAAUACCAAAACACCUGAUGAAAAGAGAAUGAAAUUGAGACCAAAAACUCAGUUUAUUCAGAAGGAACCUUCAGAAAAAAAUCUACUCAAAAACAAACGUUUGAAGCAUGAGGAAUACUCUGAAAAUAAUCCAAAGAUAAACAUGGUAGACUCUUCCAUAGAUUUUGAAAACAAAUUGAUCACCAAAUUGAAGAUAGAUAGGCAGACACCAAACAAUCAAGAUUUUGCACAAGCUAGGAACAAAUUUAAGCACAAACAGGAUAGCCAGAUGAAUUCAGACCAAAAAGUGAAGAAAGCUGAAGUUGCAAACCUUGAGAAGGAUGAAUAUGAGGAAUCAGCAUUACGGAAAAUUAAAGUAAAGGAAGCCACUGAAGAUUCAGAAAAUAAACUGCACGUCAAGUUGAACAUCAGGAAGAUCAUUCAAAAAUAUAAAAGAAAAAAGCUAGAUGGCGGAAAACAAGGAAAAGAAUUGGAUCAGAAUAAGAUGCCAAUAGUAGAAACAGUGAACAAAGAAGAAUUGAUACAAGAAGAAAAGGAAGAAAUACUGAAAAUUCAACAACAGAUAAUGACCAUCAUAGAUGACAAUCCAAGAAUAACCAACAAGGAGUUGAUAAAGAAGAAACUACAAGAAACUAUCAUGAAUGAAUUAGCGAAUUUUGUUGAACAACGAAAUAAUGAUGACGUCAAGAAAUCUGAAGAUAUAGGACAUCUUAAACCAUCAAGGAAUGCAAAAUUAAUGAGAAAUAAAAUACCAGAAGUUCAGGAAAUCCGCGAUAAAACUGAAGAACAGUUUGAAGGUUUGGAAAAGAGUGAUGAAGACUUCAACACUGGAGAACAGGGAAGCACUUUAGAUGUCCCAUCCACUACAAAGUAUGAAGACAAACUCAGCAAAACUGAUGAAGACCUUUUGAUCAAAGAUGAAAAGAUAGCUUUUGUAAAAAGGUUCAAGAAAGCUAAUGAGAAGUUGGAUAAUAUCAUGGUCAUUAUUGACGAAAUUGUCGAUACGAUCGAAAUCACUGACGAAGAAUAUGAAGAACAUUUGAGAUAAUAUUUUAUGAUGAUGUUAAGUUUUUUGAAUAAAUGUUGUGUUUCCAGUA